AUGGGAAACUGCUUCAGCAAUAACAACGAUCCCGAAGCAACCAGAGCUCAUCAUGAAGUUGAGAGGGAGCUGAAAGCUCAUGCGAAGAAACAGCAGGUUCAGAUCAAGGUUCUACUUCUGGGGUCUGGCGACUCGGGCAAGUCAACAGUGCUCAAGCAAAUGCGAAUAAUCCAUAACGACAAAUUUACUCAACAAGAGGUCGAGCUGUAUCGUCAAUUGGUAUUUAACAAUAUCAUCCGGGGUGCGGUCAUGCUAGGCGAUGCGUUGACGCUGAUGCAAUUACAACUCUCGCGAGAGAAUGAGCGUUUUGUUGAAAAACUUCGCAGCACCAGUGACCUUCGAGAUGGGGAGGCGUAUCCUAUGGAGCUGCUGCAACCACUACAGGAUUUGUGGGGAGAUGCUGCCGCUCAGCAGGGGUGGUCUAGAGCCAAUGAAGUGGCGUUGCCUGAGAACCUUUAUUACUUUUUUGGAGACUUGCCUCGAGUAUUUCAACGUGACUAUAUCCCCACUACUCAGGACAUCAUCCGGUGUCGGGCUCAGACCACUGGUAUUACGGAAACGGUGUUUAAGCUACGAGGGCAAGAACUCCAUCUUAUUGAUGUCGGGGGUCAACGAUCGGAGCGCCGAAAGUGGAUACACUGCUUUCAGGAUGUGACAACUAUUCUGUUCUUGGUGUCGCUCAACGGAUAUGACCAGUGUUUGUUCGAAGACUCCAAUGCUAAUCGUAUGCAAGAUGCUAUGGCCAUUUGGGAUUCAAUUUGUGAUUCCGAAUACUUUAGAUCCACUAAUAUUAUACUAUUUUUGAACAAAAAUGACUUGUUUUCGGAGAAAGUCAAGAAGUCACCCAUACGACGAUACUUCCCUGAUUACGAAGGGCCGGAAGGCGAUGCUGGAGAAGGCCGCAUCUAUUUCCGAAGGCGAUUCUUGAAACUAAGUUCCAAGUCGGCGGCGCGAGAACCAACCUCUGGUAGACAUUCUCCGCCGCGAAAACGAGAGAUCUAUACACACUUCACAAAUGCGACCGAUACGGCGUUACUGCGGGUUGUUAUGGCUGCUGUUGAAGACGUACUUGUGGCUAUCAAACCACAAAUACUCGAUUUCACUUCAACCAAUUUCACUUCGUUGGAAACUAGCUUGAACAAUCUCAAUGAUCUUAUGGACGAACUCUCUUCGUCUCGAUAUGCAAAAAAAUUGACACGAAAUAAUGGAGUAGCGGAUACACUCGAUCGAGAAGGUGUGCGUCUGUGGAACGCCUCGAUCCUGCUUCGUGGCGUCCAGGAUCAGGUAGAAGCUGAAUCGAGAAAAAGGGCAUUUGCGAGCCUUCGACUAGCCGCCUUCCGACUUAUCGAAGCUGGUAGUGACGUGCCGCCCACCGUUGAAUCAUUGGUGCAUUUGCUACAGCUGGCGAGCAAGACCGCCACAGCGCUUUCAGAGUGCAACGAUGAUCGAGCACGAAGCAUAAUGAUCAGCGCAGCGGAUUAUGAGUCCCAACUCAAGAAUUUAAAAACGGAUGAUCGCGAUAUAUCCAAAAAAGAAUACGCCACUGCCCAAUACUACUGUGGGCGGAUGGAUGCGGCUUGGAAAGACGGCAAUGAAAGUGUAGGUUUCUUCAUGUUCGAACAAGCUACGGAUGAGCGUCGGUUAAGUACGAUGUCUAUCCCAGAGAUCGAAGAAAUCCUCGGUCGCGCUCUUGAAAUAGGAAAGGCAGCGCUGAGUAGAUCAUGGGAUAAGGAAACAGACACGGACGUGACAACUCCAGCAGCACAAAGCAUAUCAAGCACCGCGGACGUCAAAGCCGCAACUAUUGGAGUCAAGUGGUUCCAGAAAAUUCUUCAAGUGCUUGAGCGAGUUAAGCACAAUGAACGCUCAAGCUUACCGUCAUUGAGAGAAACUCUCCUACGCAGCCUUGCUCGCGCAUAUUUUGCAUCUUCAGGCGCUGUAGAAUCAAAUUUAGAGCGAGCAGAAGCCACAAUCGAAGAACUUAUCCAAGGAAAAGAUACUACGAAACUGGAUAUCAACUUACUCUGGAUGAAGCUAGCUGUGUUAAAAAGACGUGGAGCUGACAGCGUGCAGAUAUCAAAUGUGUUUAGUUUAAUAUUGGAUAAGUUGGAGUUUCAAGAGGGAAAUGUUAUGAGGCCAGUGAUGAAUCCAAUUAUUUUGUCGGCACCGCCAAUUGACACGCAUACACCCAGCUUUCUUCGCGAGGCGCAAACUAUGGUUAGCCUUAGCGUAAAUCUAGCUAUUGUCACAAUGCAGGAACUACUCGACAAGGCCCUUAGUUCACCGGAUGGGAAUGGAUACUCGUUCGUAGGCACCAUAACCAUGGCAUUGUUACUUCUCACCAAGUCACUGCAACAUUCUGAUGCCCACGGUGCCGCUGAGAAAGCGUGUCAAGACAUUGCAAGGAGGGUAGACUUCGUUAUGGAAAAGACCUCUGCUGCCGCGUGCCAGCUCGUGCUUUGGCGGAAUGGGGAAGCUAGUUACAAAGCGAAGAAAUGGAUGGAGGCAGCCGAUUGGUUUACUUUGAGUGCAUCUGCAGCAUUUCAAAGUAUGGCCAGUGCCCAAUCAAGGUCUAUCAGAAAAGCUGCACUGUGCUACAUACAACAGGGCGAGUAUAAUCAAGCAUCGAUACUGGUUUCUCGGUGCUCCCAGGACGAAUCGUUCCGUCAGGGCUCGAAGAGGAAGACCGUGGAGACCAUGCUGAGCACAUUGGACUUUGACCGCAAAAUGCUUCUACUAGCCAUCCAGUUGGCUCAUGAAACGAAGCAGAAAGCCCUUCUUUUGGCCGUCUUAGAGGCGAUGUACAAAACAAUGCAACGAGAACCACAUGUAGAUGCAGAGACCGAAGGCAUCACCUUAGUUAGGUGUAGUAUCCGGAUAAUACUCGAUCUACUAAAGGAGCCGCUAGCUGCAAUGACCCAACUGACCGAUUCACUGAAGACGAAUUUUCAAAGAGCACUGGACUUGGUUAAGCUAAUGGCUUCGAAGAACAACCUCGUUCUGAUUGCGAAAGAUCUGUCUUGGCUCUGGAGAACCGCGUACAACGCGGCGGUAACCGGCUGCCAGGACUGGGAAGAGCUGGUGGUUGCUGAGAUACUGGAUGUGUCUCGAGAGUUGAUGGAUGUGUAUUCGACUACUUUGGCCGCCUCACAGGACUCCGAGGUAAAACAAUGCAUACUGCUUUCGUCGUUUACAGCCACUUCGGGACGAUUAUUUGUUGCACGGCGUCUCGGGUCGACCUCACAGGCAAUUGAGCUAUACACGAGAUUAGCCAGAGAUAUUUCAGCUUUCCGGGAGCGUGUAAACGAAAGUCUGGCCGACGGAACAUUUGAUGGCAACGACAAACUGGACUAUAUGAUCAAUAUAUUCUUCACCUUCGAAAUUGAAGCACUUUGUCGUAUACAGGAAUGGCAAAGAAUCAGGGCGGUUGUUGAAGCGGCCACCGAGAUGGAAUGUAUAAUGUCUUCGACCCUAGAGGCAAUGGCUGAUUUGCUCUGGUCGGAAGAUGCAUGUCCAACUGAUGUGCUCUAUAGCGCUCUCGAGGCGAUGUUGCGUUCGUCCCUUAGGUCUAAAACCAUAUCCAUUGACAAGUUUUCUCGCUGGCUGCGUGCACUGUGUACAAUCCUUCUUUCCCGGAACAGGCAACAGGAUCGGGCUAGCGCUCUUAGCUUUAUUGAACAAGCAGCCGAAGUCAUCAAAGAUAAUAAAGAUGAGAGCGGCGAUCAGCAGGUGUAUGCGCAUGACGAGCGGGAAUGGCUUCUGCAUGUCACAUUCAACACUGGUGUUGAGCGAUUUACUGUUUCAGAUAUUGAGGAAGCGAAACGGUGGAUUGAGACGGCAACCAUGCUAGCCGGACUAGUCCAUAACAGUGGCACAGUGUUGGAGAAGAUCAAUGCUGUCUACCAGCAGGUCCUCGCCAAACAUGGGGCCCAAUUAAGCUGA